AUGGCCGGGAGGUUUAAUGCAGUAGUUUAUCGGCAGGCCGCAGAUAAUAUGCAGAUCCAGCCCGGAAUCACGCCUCCAACCAUGUCCGCCUCGUUCCUUUGGGCGCUUGCUUUUUCCCCCUCGCGCUCGGGGUGGAAGCUACUUAAGGAAACCGGUCGCGUUACAAGGUCGGCGAAUUCUGCCCAAAGCACCGUACGCUACUUCGUCUACCGGGAACUAUUGACGACUAUGCAUUCAUCACAUCACGCUCUUGGAGAAAGGAAUCAGCCUCACCUCCGCUCCAAGGACACCCGCGGCGGCCUGGUAUGCGGCCUGGCAGGCGGCUAG